AUGGACCUGCAGAACAACAAUGAGCAUGGUAGACAGGAACUCAACAAAGCCAAUGCAGAAUAUGUCAAGUGGCUAGGCAUCCAAGACAAUUUGCUUAGGCAAAAAUCUCAAAUAAAAUGGUUUCAAGAAGGGGAUUACAAUAGCAGAUACUUUCACAUCUUGAACCAUAUCCCUCACCUAAUUACUGAGGAGAACAAUAACAUGUUGACUAAAAUCCCGAAGGAAGAAGAGAUCAAGGAUGCCAUUUUCAACCUUAGUUCUGAGAGCACUGCAGGGCCUGAUGGUUUCAAUGGCACUUUCUUCCAAAAGUGCUGGGAUAUCAUUAAAAGUGAAGUUAUAGACUUCGUUCAAGAAUAUUUCAACGGAAGGAACCUCACCAAAUUCUACAAUCACACCUGCCUUGUUCUUAUCCCUAAAGUCAUUUCCCCGACUAGCUUCUCUCAAAUGAGACCCAUUAGUCUCACAAACUUUACCACAAAAAUAAUUUCCAAGAUCCUAUCCAGCAGACUUAAUACUCUUCUACCAUUGAUUAUUUCAGAGAACCAGAGUGGUUUUGUCCAGGGGAGACUGAUUAUUGAAAAUGUGAUGUUAGCUUAG